CCUGCAAUCAGUGCAGAAAUGGUCACUUUUCAAGGUAUGUGUAGGAAAAUUUAUAUAAAUCUUAUUAAACAAGGUACAGAGCUGGUUUUGGUGUUGUUUUAAAGGAAAACACUUCAAGUUUUUUUACCUUAAACUUAAGAUUUUCUAUGUGACUUCCGUUGGUUAUCCUGCAGACAUCCCAUCGAUAGUCGAUUUCUUCCCAGACUCGAACUAGCAUUUCAGGCGUAACUUGCUAAACAACAGCGCAAAUCCUUGCUCCUUGUUCAGGUAGAGUGGCUGGCAAAGGAGGUACAUACACGAUAUCUUUUAUGAAACCCCACAAGAAAAAAUCCAGCAGUGAUAGUCUGAGGAACGAGGGGGCCAUGCAAUUGGUGCAUCCACUCUGAUUUGGAAAGCGGUCAUUAAGAAAAUCCCGGACGUCAGUUAGAUAGUGUGAGUGAUGCGCCAUCUUCCAUAAAGAAAACAUUUCGUUUUCGGUCAUCCUCAUCGUAUCAAAAAUGUUUGCAACAUAUCAGGGUACACUAUGCCGUUUUUCAAACCAAAACACACAGCUAGCACGCUAGGGUCCAGUGAAGGCGUAACUGCCGCUUGUGCGGCGCGACCAGGCAUUAGCGGACUAAGCGAGUCAAAACUUGGAGUGUUUUCCUUCAAAACAACACCAAAACCAGCUCUGUACCUUGUUUAAUAAGAUUUAUAUGCAUUUUCAAAGUUGUAAAGUCCUUUUUGAAUCGCCCGUAUAGCUAUUUCAUUUAUCGUACAAAACACUAUAAUCAUAAGUAUAAUCAUGGAGGAGAAGCUAGGCUGAGCCUGUACCAUUUCUCUCCAAAACUUUGAUAGAAAGUUAAUAUUUUCCAGAGUAUUAACAGGUUAUGAAAUCAUUUAUUAAUGCUUCGACACUUAAUUUUCGUAUCUGGAAUAAUUAUUUUAUUUUCGGACUUGAAUAAUUUCAAUUCUUGAAAUUACAAUAAGGUAGAAUUAAGGUUAAUUACUCAUUCAUUUAAAUAUUCGCAGAUCAGUGUUUUGGCCGAAGACCGUUCUCAGUGGAACAUUGCCAUAUUUCCAACUGAAUCAAGAGUGCAGGAAAACUCUCGGAUUUGUUAGACCUAUCCAGCAGUUUGAAUGAACAAAACGAAAACUAUAGCGACUUGUUUCUGAAAAUGUUCUCGAAUUCAAACUGUGUGGAAAUUGAAAACAAGUACAGUUUUUCUGAAUUUCGAUUGAGAUUGGUGGUGGAGAUUCUUUUCAAGCUGAACUUGGCUGUGACUCUACCUAGUGACGAGCCACAUGGCGAUCUCUGUCGGUCAGUCUUGGUACUUCUUGGUGAAGAAGCCCCUGGUGAUUUCGAAGACGACCUCCGGCAGAAAGCAGACAGAAGAAGCACGGUAACACUGAUCGUAGACAGUGAGGAGAUUCAGUUGUGGUUUCUGGAAGAAGCAUCCGCGGAUGAGAUUUUCGACAUUUUCGCGUUUGCUGAUGCGUUUCUGGUGUCCAAUAGCAGUGUUUAUCAGCUGAGCUCUCCCGCAUCAGCUAAUAGACACUUUUCAGUGGUCUCUUUGAAAACUGUGCGCAUGCCUGAGAAUAAAACUACCAUGAAACUACCGAAUUUUGAGGAGAAAUUGUUGAGGGUGGCUACGUUUGAUUGUCCGGUUGGUGUAUUCGUCAAGACGGUCAAUAAUAAAUCAGUGAUGUAUGACGGUCUGGAGUUGGCCAUAUUCAAUGAGAUGCGCAGAAGACUGAAUUUCACGUACGAGCUGGCAAUGCUGAUAGACGAGAACAACAAGUGGGGAGUGCUGUUGCCGAAUGGAACCUGGAGUGGGGGAAUCAUCGGCAAUAUUCUGCAUUCUCAGCGCCUGCGCAGUCGGGAACAGCGGGUUGACAUCGGCUUCUGUGGCGUGUGGAAGAUUGACCCCCAGUCGAGAUUCGUCGAUUUGACUUUGUCCCUGAUACAGGAGAAAAAUUGUUUUCUGGUACGCAGACUGGCUGAAUUGAAGUGGAGUUGGAUGUCGCCGUUCACCGAAUUCCAGCCGACUGUUUGGCUGUGCAUUGGUGCCAUUUUCCUACUGCAAGCAUCUCUUCUCUACACAAGCGCACAGAUAUCUAAACAGUGUCCAUCGUUCAGGCUAACCCGAUAUUUCCGACUUAGUUCGUGUCUAAUGGAAAUACUGGGCAUUCACAUGCUGUCUUCAGCUCCGAAUUGGAAAAGGAAGUCCGCCUAUUUGCUUAUGAUACAAUUUUAUUCACUUGUCAUCACUACCAGCUACACCAGCUAUAUACUCAAUCGACUUCUGACACCACACGUGAUUGGUGGAGUUUCAACCAUUCAGCAGCUGAUUGAAGGCAAUUAUUACUGGGGAAAGCCUUAUCCACCUUCGGCAUUCCUCAUUCAAUAUAAAGCUGAACACCAGCCGUUCAUUGACCGGCGACGUCUGCUAUCCAAGGCACAAAUUGACCGUCUGCUGGCGACAGACGACAAGUUCGCCCUGGUGGUCGGAACCGUCCAGGACACUCUCAUCAAGACAGACGUUGCCGUCAACGUGUCGCUGCUGCAACGGAGGCGUUACCGUGCCGUGCCUGACGACCUGCAGCAGUACGACAUUGCAUUCGCGUUGCGACGACACUCGCCCUACACGCCUGUCAUGGAUCGCCUGCUGAUGCGUGUUGCCAGUUCAGGCCUUCUGAUAUACUGGAUUAACGACCUGGCCGCAAAACACAAAGACGAGGUUCUGUCAGCGCGUCGGCGCGAUUUCUACGACACCAGCUUCAAAGCGCUGACUUUGCAGAAUCUGAAAGGCGUUGUCGCUUUGCUACUGAUUGGACAUUCGCUGGCCACUUGCGUUCUCAUCAUGGAGUUGGUGCAUCACAGAAAACAGCGCAAAAAGACUAUCCACUUUGAAAACACAAAUUGAAAUUGUCAACCAGUUUCAAUUUGUGUUUUCAUCAUGGAAAAGUACCAUAGGCUGCCAAUAAACAUUCGAAACAUUGAAUCAGUCAUUCUAUUCAAGUAGGCAGUCAAAAAUAUGUUAUUAGAGAAAAGCCUAUACGCAAUCACAGAAUUUUAUUCACAAGAAAAUUGAUUUUUAUAUAAUUAUAUCAUUACCAUCCUUAAUAAUACUUGACACUUCCUGAAUAAAUAUUUUACUUUUUUGAUUGUAUGUAUUAUAGCAUGGCUUACUUUAGAUAAAGGCUGGAACGCACAACUUGGCAACGUCGCAGUCAAGCUCAGCUUCAGGCCGAGCAAAUUGAAUUCACUUGGGUAGAUUCCCGAUUAACUACCAGCUUUAUGCCCUUCAUCAAAUACCAAUCCUGAGAAAUUCAAUUCAAUGAUAGUAAAAACAUAUAUAAUAUUAACUGAUAGACUUAUUUCAACUUUAGUUCUAGGAGUUUCAACGUAUAAUGUCUAGCUUGGCAAUAUAUUUCACUGUACUUACUUUAUGUGUCUGUAUUUCCUACGAGCAAUUUUAAUGUUCAAAUGUAUUUCAUUAAUAGAUAAAAGUAUUGAAUAGUACCUUCUAAAUGUAAAAUAAAAAUAUGAAAGUCGAAUAUUGUCUUCUUUUUAAGAAACUUCUGAAUUUAAUGCAUUUGCUUUUUGUGCAUCUAUAACUAACUAUACACCGUAAUGAUAGUUCAAUAAUAUCUAUCAAAGGGAAUAUAUUCUACUACCAUUUAGUUUUUGUUCCCUAUAAUAUCUAUCAAUAUUUAUAUUAAAACACAUCAUCAAGUACCCUACCCUUUAUUAUUCUUUUUUCUUUUAAAACAAGACUUGUUUCAACUCAUCUCUUUUUAUUUAGGAAAAAUGGCUUUAGAUGAGUUGGAACUAGUCUUGUUUUGGAAGAAAAAAAUACAAAGAGUACGGUACUUGAAGAUUUAUAUCAUGUUUUAAUAAUUUCAAAGUAGCCUUAUAAAGAGAAGUGAUAAUUCAUAUUAAUAAUGAAUUAAUUGGUUAUUGAAAGAAUAAAUUGCUGGAAUAAUGAUAAUUCAUUCAACUUUGUUCAUUAACUCAAUUAUAUCUAUGCAUAAUAGUAUACAACAAAAUUCACAGAAGAAUUGAUAUCCAAUAGCAAUAGUUUUAUCUAUCUUUACAUUUAUCUUUGUGGGCUUAUAAUCACAUUAUUGACAUAAAUCAAAUAUUUACUAUCACUACUAACAAAUACAAAUGAUUUCACAAUAUACAAUAAAACAAAUGAUUCUAAAAAAUACAAUUUUUCUAAUGGUGUUAUGAAUCUAUGCAUAUCAAAUGAAGCAUGGUCGGCCUGAACCACACAUUGCCAUAUUGAACAAGUUCCGGCCUUCUAUCUAUAGUAGGCUGUGAUUAUAGUAAUAGUAUUAGUACUGACAAGUUACCUCUCAAAUGGGAUUAUUCCCAAAAUUGAUGUAAUGAUUAUUAAUAAAUAAAUAUCCUACAGCA